AUGGGCGUCGCCCUGCGGGCCAUCCUCGCCGUCUUGGCUCUGGGACCGCUGGCCGUCCUGGGCAACUUUGAUACCGUCUCUUUUUCGCCCGUCGAGCAGUGCGGUGCCUUCAAUGUCUCCUUUGGCGGCGGCGUCGCGCCAGACGCUCUCCCCCUCAUUCUCACCGUCAUUCCUUUCAACGCCAGCCCCAUCUACAUCCAGAUCCCCGAGGACGCAUGGAACUCGACGUCCGCCACUGGCGCUGCCAUUACUUUCCUACCACUAGCGGCCGGCACCAACUUCCUCGCAUCUCUCGACGAUGCCUACGGUCGACCCACCGGAGUUAACACGUCCGACAUUAUCCUGGUCGCAGCCUCCCCAUCCAAUGACUCCUCAUGCCUGAAUGGCGUAUCGCUCGCGCAGCCGUCGACAUAUGCUAUCAGCGGGGAUCCUUCCCAAUGUGUGGACACGGCCAUCACCUUCAACGCGUCCACUGUCACAUCGGCACCCAGCGUACGCGCCUUUGUUCCCCGCGGCCCGUCGUUCGAGCUCUCCCAAACAAAUGCGACGGAUGGUGAAGCGAAUUACCUCAUGAACAUUACUCGCGGCACGCAAGUGGCCUUGCUAUUCGAUGGUGGCGACUCUGAUGCCCAGACGUCGGACCUGUUCACCGUGUUUGGCGAUACGUCCAGUCCGACGUCCUGCAUCGCGAGUAGUGCGGCAUCGAGCACCCAGGCCCUGGGAGAAACUAGCUCGUCCUCUGGCAGCCUCUCAAGGGUGUCUAUCAUUGUCAUCGCGAUCUCAACAGUCGCCGUCACCGGUACACUAUCGCUCCUGGCGCUCAUUUUUGUUGCUCGGGAGCGUCGCAAGCGCCGUACUGCCCAACUCCACGACCAGAUCUUCCCUCGGUCAGAUCCAGAGAAAGUCAACCCUUAUGCGUCCCCUGUGCAACCUUCGGACCCGCCUCCCUUUGAGCCGCGCGGGCCACCGCCUCCGCCAGGAAACGCACAGGAGACUACUCCAGCUCCUGCUCCCGCACACAUGGCUGACAUGCGCCAGACGCGAGUAUUAACCGGUACUCCCUAUGGCAACGUCUCGCCUCGGUCUAAUACGAACGUGCCACUCAAUAUGCCCGAUACGCCGAAGACGCCGAAGAGUGCAGCAUCAUCCAUCUUUGUGCUUCCCUCGCCGCCUCCGCCGCCUAUCCUCACGCUGCCCCAAUUCGCCCAGCGAUCAUCGGCUCAACGCUCGUCGGCCCGCACUACGCCCGGCCGGCACGGUAGCCUCGCGAGUGUGAACGCACGCACCUUGGCCGAUCUGGACAUCGAGAGAAUGCUCGAGGAAGCCGCAUUGACGCCUGGUCUUCCAUCUGGGAACCCUUUGACAGGCGGCAUGCCUUCUGGCCGUCCCAGCCCGCCGUCUCCAGGUCUCAGCCCUCGAGUGAUGUCUCCGUCCUCACGGUUGUCCCCAGUCAGCGCGAAGCGCGAUGCCCAUGAGCUGGACGUUCCCAGCUCGGCUACCUACUCGGACUUCUCCCAUAGUCAAGCCUCCCCAGCCACUCCGUCUUUCCGCUCUACCAGCCGUCCUGAUCCGCCGCCCUUCUCUGCUGGCGUACGGAGCUUCGCUCAGGCUCAGACCCAGCCACUCAACGUCGCGCGUGGUGGCUCCCCGCACGCAGUGUAG